AGUUGUACUGUUGGACUUCGCUGAAGCCAAAGGAGAGCUCGGCUGGCUCACACAGCCAUAUGGCAAAGGGUGGGACCUGAUGCAGAACAUCAUGGAUGACGUGCCCAUUUACAUGUACUCGGUGUGCAAUGUGGUGGCCGGUGACCAGGACAACUGGCUCCGCACCAACUGGGUGUACCGCGGCGAGGCCGAGCGCAUCUUCAUCGAGCUCAAGUUCACCGUCCGAGACUGCAACAGCUUCCCUGGUGGCGCCAGCUCCUGCAAGGAGACCUUUAACCUCUACUACGCCGAGUCUGACGUGGACUACGGCACCAACUUCCAGAAGCGCCAGUUCAACAAGAUCGACACCAUCGCCCCGGACGAGAUCACUGUCAGCAGCGACUUCGAGGCUCGCCACGUCAAGCUGAACAUGGAGGUGCGCACCGUGGGGCCGCUCAGCCGCAAGGGCUUCUAUCUGGCCUUCCAGGACAUCGGGGCCUGUGUGGCACUGCUCUCCGUCCGCGUCUACUACAAGAAGUGCCCUGAGUUGCUGCAGGGCCUGGCCCACUUCCCUGAGACCAUCGCUGGCUCUGACUCGCCCUCUCUGGCUACUGUGGCCGGGGCCUGUGUAAGCCACGCCGUGGUGCCCCCUGGCAGCGAGGAGCCCCGCAUGCACUGUACGGUGGAUGGUGAAUGGCUGGUGCCCAUCGGGCAGUGCCUUUGCGAGGCCGGCUACGAGAAGGUGGAGGAUGCCUGCCAGGCCUGCUCACCUGGAUCCUUCAAACCUGAGGCAUCCGAGGGCCCCUGCCUAGAGUGCCCAGCACACACACUGCCCUCUCUCGAGGGCGCCACCUCCUGCCAGUGUGAGGAGGGCUACUUCCGGGCUCCACAGGACGCGCUGGCCACACCCUGCACACGCCCACCCUCUGCCCCACACUACCUCACAGCUGUGGGCAUGGGCGCCAAAGUGGAGCUGCGCUGGAAGCCCCCCCAGGACAACGGCGGCCGUUCGGAUGUGGUGUACAGCGUCACCUGUGAGCAGUGCUGGCCGGAGUCGGGAGAGUGUGGGCCCUGCGAGGACAGCGUGCGCUACUCGGAGUCACCACACAUGCUGACCCACACCAGCCUGACGGUCAGUGACCUGGAGCCUCACAUGAACUACACCUUCGCCGUCGAGGCCCGUAACGGCGUCUCGGGCCUGGUGGCCAGCCGCAGCUUCCGCACUGCCAGCGUCAGCAUCAACCAGACAGAACCCCCGAAAGUGAGGCUGGAGGGCCGCAGCACCACCUCACUGACUGUCUCCUGGAGCAUCCCCCUGCGCCAACAAAACCGUGUGUGGAAAUACGAGGUCACCUACCGAAAGAAGGGGGACUCCAACAGCUACAACGUGCGCCGUACCGAGGGCUUCUCCGUGAUCCUGGACGACCUGAUUCCCGACACCACCUACCUGGUCCAGGUGCAGGCGCUGACACAGGAGGGCCAGGGCGCCGGCAGCAGGAUGCAUGAGUUCCAGACGCUGGCCACGGAAGGAUCUGGCAACAUGGCGAUGAUUGGCGGCGUCACCGUCGGCCUUCUCUUGCUCCUCAUACUGGCUGGAAUCGGCUUCUUCAUCCAUCGCAGGAGGAAGAGUCUGCGAGCCCGCCAGUCCUCUGAGGACGUAUAUUUCUCCAAGUCAGAACAACUGAAACCCCUGAAGACAUACGUGGACCCCCACACAUACGAGGACCCCAACCAGGCUGUGCUCAAGUUCACCACUGAGAUCCACCCCUCCUGUGUCUCGCGGCAGAAAGUGAUCGGAGCAGGAGAGUUUGGGGAGGUGUACAAGGGGGCACUGAAGGCCUCGGGGAAGAAGGAGGUGCCUGUCGCCAUUAAAACGCUGAAGGCCGGCUACACGGAGAAGCAGCGCGUGGACUUCCUCAGCGAGGCCAGCAUCAUGGGCCAGUUCAGCCACCACAACAUCAUCCGCCUGGAGGGCGUCGUGUCCAAGUACAAGCCUAUGAUGAUCAUCACUGAGUACAUGGAGAACGGGGCCCUCGACAAGUUUCUCCGGGAGAAGGAUGGCGAGUUCUGCGUACUUCAGCUGGUGGGCAUGCUGCGGGGCAUCGCGGCUGGCAUGAAGUACCUGGCCAACAUGAACUACGUGCACCGUGACCUGGCCGCCCGCAACAUCCUUGUCAACAGCAACCUGGUCUGCAAGGUGUCCGACUUUGGCCUGUCCCGAGUGCUGGAGGAUGACCCUGAGGCCACCUACACCACGAGUGGCGGCAAAAUUCCAAUCCGCUGGACAGCCCCAGAGGCUAUAUCCUACCGCAAGUUUACCUCGGCCAGUGACGUGUGGAGUUACGGCAUUGUCAUGUGGGAGGUGAUGACGUAUGGCGAGCGGCCCUACUGGGAACUGUCCAACCACGAGGUAAUGAAAGCCAUCAACGAGGGCUUCCGGCUCCCCACACCCAUGGACUGCCCCUCCGCCAUCUACCAGCUCAUGAUGCAGUGUUGGCAGCAGGAGCGCACCCGCCGGCCCAAGUUCGCCGACAUCGUCAGCAUCCUCGACAAGCUCAUCCGAGCUCCCGACUCCCUCAAGACGCUGGCUGACUUCGACCCCCGGGUGUCCAUCCGGCUGCCCAGUACCAGCGGCUCUGAGGGGGUGCCCUUCCGCACGGUGGCCGAGUGGCUAGAGUCCAUCAAGAUGCAGCAGUACACAGAGCACUUCGUGGCGGCCGGCUACACGGCCAUCGAGAAGGUGGUGCAGAUGACCAACGAAGACAUCAAGAGGAUUGGGGUGCGGCUGCCAGGCCACCAGAAGCGCAUUGCCUAUAGCCUGCUGGGGCUCAAGGACCAAGUGAACACAGUGGGCAUCCCCAUCUGAGCCCCCCACAGGACCAGGACCAGGACCGUGUCCCCCUCCGCCAAGAAUACUUGAAGCAGCAGUCGCGGCCUCCCUGCCGGUGUGGCGCCGGGCCAUCAGAAAACUUAUUUAUUUCUAGUUGCUCCUUACCGCCACCCAGAGACCUUUGCUGGGGACGGGUCAGGGGGGGGAGGUGGGGGCCUGAAUCGAGGAUUCGCUCAGGGAUCCCCUUGAAGGAAGCCAAGCACUUAGUGGGGACCACUGUGUUCCCAAAACUCCUGGAGCAGAGCCUUUGGACCAAAACGAGGGACAUUUCCAUACUGACCUCCCCUCAGCCUUCUCCCCGGUUUCAGGGAAGUGGGGGUCAGUCUUUGCCGUGUGUGCGAACAGGGCACCUCCAGGUGCUCUAUCCGAGGACAGACUCUCCUGGGCUCUACUGGGUGAGAAGAUGCCAGAAGGUUCCCUGCUGCCUUCCCCAGUGCCUUCCUCAGCCCCAGAGGGCCACUUGUCUUCCCGGGGCCCCCGCAGGAUGCUUGACUGUGUUGAGGUUUUUUAAAUAGAUAUUUUGUACUUUGUGGAGAGAAUGUGUGUGUGGCGGGGGCCCCUUCCGGAGCGAGAAGCAGAGGACAGCCCUGUGUCAGACCUGGGGGGCCGGUGCCGGCAGGCCUCUCCUGCCCGCUCCCCAGCUGCUGCCCUCUCAGACCCCUUUGACGACAUUCAUUACUGGUCAGUGUUAAUGACUCUGUUUUGUUGGGUAUUUUUUUUUCUCUUGAACCUUAAUUUAUUAUUUUUUUUAUAUUUAUUAUUAGAAAAUGACUUAUUUCUGCUCUGGAAUAAAGUUGCAGAUGGUUCACAUGA